UGCCGCAUAUACUGCGACAUAGAUAUCGUGUUGCAUUUCAAAAUUCUCAUAUUAGAUAAAAUGUCUUAUAAAAAGUACUUCGACUCCGCGGAUUCGGAUUCCGACGCGGUGUUGGAGACGGUCGAAGUGACCGAUGUUCAUCCAGAUAGGCUGGCGUGCAAUCUUCACUGGAGAGUUCUGUUUUGCUUCGUGAUGUUGAUGGGGCUCGCUGCUGCGUCGAUCCUGUACCUGACUCACGUUCCCUUGACCGCGACACCGGUUCCCUGCACUAUGGAGCUGGCGACCGUCAAGCAUCAGCUCGAAGUUGAGACGGAGUACAAGGGCCGCAUCGAAAAGUUGCUGGCUGACGCGCAGAGGUACCACGAGGCUGAUAAGGACCGAUUCAAGUACUUGAUGCAGAGCUGCUUCGCGAUCACGCAACAGAACUUCUUCUGGAAGUACCAACUUGACGACUUACUACAAGAAAUAGGCACAACUCAAGAAAGCAACUAAGAAUCCUCAGAAAACAAAAAGCAAGAACCCGUGAAAACGAACGGACCGCAUCAUUUACUGUUAUACCGGAACUCAUAGAAUAUUAAUCAUUAAUCAUUCCAUAGACAUAAAUACAAUUCUAUUUGUCUCUAUAUGUAAAACAAUUUCCGUAUAACAUACUUACUUAACACAUGUAAUAAAUUUUCUGUUAGUACAUUGAUAUUAAAAUUCAAUAGCCAUUAUGGGGAUUGAUCGUGAAGCUACUAUUUUUGCUUAACCCUUGCGUAUUGUUGCGCAUUUCCGUUGAUUUCGUGCGCGCUAGCUGGUAGAUGCUCAGCGAACUCUCCCAAUCCGUACGGGUUCCGCGUAUAGUGCGCCUACACCAUCCAACCUGAGCUCACAUGUACGCGGAUUCAGUAUUGAACGCAUAUGCUAGCGCGCAUGUCCUGAUAGAAUGCGAGCAUAUAAAUGUUCAAUAUCAAUAACAUAUACAAACUUCGUAAAGGAAAAUCCCUAAUAUUUCAAAUACCCAUCUGUGUUCUUCUUCAUAACAUAUUCAAA